AUGGACACGUCGUCAACCCUCGCGACGAGCGCCAACCCGACAAUUCCCGCCGAACAGCUUGCCGCACUUACAUCGCUGCUGUCGGGACUCACCGCUGCCGCUUCCGGCACUACCGCACCCGCCACGACAUCCGGCUCCAAUCGCAAUGCCUUCCCGAAGCAUGCGCGGUUGGACGGGCCGAAGACGUUCGCGAACUGGACACGCCAGCUUCGCCUGUGCCUAGCGGACGACAUCCGCUCCUACGUCCUCGACGGAAUCACCCCCGACGAUUGGACGCCUUCGCAACGCUCCGCCCGCGACGUCGUGGCACGCGAGAUCCUUGCAAACUCAAUCGACUCGGCCGAAGUCUCGGCAGUCCUCGACAAGAUCCCUACGGCCGACCUCACAGCGCCCAAGAUUUACUCGACGCUGAAAUCGCGAUACGCCCCUGAUGACGCCACUCGCACGCUCGAGCUCUUCUCGCGACUCUGGGGCUUCCGACCCAUGCCCGGAACGGUUGGCGAAUUUGACAGUUGGAUCAUGGACUUCAAGUCGGUCGCGCAAGAGAUCAUCGAUACGAAAACGACGAUCAACGACGUCCUUGCCACACUCCUCCUCGCGAUCGCCCACCCGUCACUCGAGAGCUUCAAGGCAACGUUCACCGACGAACAACGCACGCAACGAACUCUCCCUGACAUCGAUUCAGUGGCCGACCGUAUGCGAGUUCAACUCCGGUCAACGAACCUCUCCAACGAUCAAUCGGCCCUCCUUGCCUCGUCGUCGCCACGUUCUACCCGUACCAAGUGCCUCGCCUGUCGCAGCCCUUCUCACCGCGUCGCACAAUGCCCUACAAGGGCCCAGCAUCCACCGCCAGGCCCGUGUCGCUCCUGCAAGAAGAAGGACCACUGGUCUUUCGACUGCAAAAAGGCUCUUGAGGACGGGAAAACGCCCGACACCUCUGAUGCGCAACACCAUGUCGGAUGUCUCGCCACCGGUCUUCUCGCACAUCGUCGUCAGCUUCGCAACAACUCCUUCGUCGUCGACUCGGGUGCCACUUCGCACAUGGUCUCGGACAAGUCGCUGUUCACGGCCUAUCGCCACAUCGCUCCUACGAAGAUUGGUGGUAUUGCAGGGGGCAUCAACGCCGUCGGAACGGGAAACAUCGCCUUUGUUGCCGCCUCCGGUCACCCGAUCACGCUUACCGGCGUGCUGCACACCCCGGGCCUGUCUGUCAACCUCCUCUCGGUCUCUCGACUUUGCGACACCGACGAUGUCCGUGUCGCCUUCACGAAGCACGGCAUCCAUAUCGACAAGAACGGCAAUGCUAUCGCUGAAGGCGCAAGACUCGAGGAAGGGCUCUACUUGCUGGACGCUGAUCAUUCCAAAUGUCAGCAUCUCGCUCUCCUCUCUCGCUCACAGUCUUCCGUGCCCCUGCUGACCCUUCACCGCUGCCUCGGCCAUCUCGCACCGUCGUCCAUACAGAAGAUGGUUGCCGCUGGUUUGCUGGAAGGUCUCGGGGCCGGAUAUAGUGACGAAGAGGUAGAGAAGUUUGUCUGCAAUGCUUGCCUCAGUGCAAAGGGCCAUCGUCUUCCUUUUCCCGAUUCGGACUCGCACUCCUCAGAGAGACUCGGCCUCGUACACAGCGAUGUGCUUUCCUUUCCCGAGUCGUCCUUGACUGGCAAGCGUUACCUGGUCACGUUUCUUGACGACUUCUCGCGCAAACUGUGGGCAUACGCGAUCGGACACAAAAGCGAAGUCUUUGGCGUGUUCAAGACAUGGCUUGCCGAGGUCGAACUCGAGACGGAUGCAAAACUGAAGGUCCUCCGAACCGACAAUGGUGGCGAAUACUGUUCGAGAGCGUUCACGGAAUUCUGUAAGGCACGCGGCACACGUCGACAAUACUCUAUCCCUCGAACGCCUCAACAGAACGGUCGUGCCGAACGAGUCAAUCGUUCUAUCGUCGAAGGUGUCCUUGCCCUCCUUGCAGACGCCCACUUACCCAAAUCAUUCUGGGAGGAGGCAGCAGCUUAUUUCGUCUACUGCAAGAACCUGUGCGAACACUCGGCCCUGGACAAGGCAACACCGAACUUCGCCUGGCAGGGCGACCGCACCAACGCCUCGGCGCUUCACCCGUUCGGCUGCACGGCUUGGCUCACAGUCGCGCCUGAACUUCGCUCGAAACUCGACCCGAAAGCGGUUCGCGUUCUCUUCACCGGCUAUGACCUGGCUUCUAAAGCCUUCCGUUUCUACGACACGACGACCAAGAAGAUCAGUUUGGGCAGAAAUGCCAGGUUCCUCGACAACGAAUUUCCCGGGUUACGUAGCGACUCCACCGAGCAAGACGCCGACACGCACUUCGCCAGCGCUUGCCCGACCACCGAAUCCCAAGCCGUUGUCAAGACAUGGACCCCACUAGUAAGGUCGGCGCACAUGGACGUCUCAUCCUCUCUUGAUGACUCUGCCAUGAGCGCCGUUGACGUGGCCCCAGGGUACACUGGCGGAACCUUACUUAAUUCCACAGAUGCCGAAUCGUCCUCGUCACCGUCUCCUGAGCCGUCCUCGUCACCGUCGCCCGCAACUCCCUUGUCACCGUCGCCUGCGCUGUCACCGUCGUUGGCUGCGUCAUCGUCACCCUCGGCCUUACCGACCGACUCUGACUACUCCGCCGACCCUCUGGACCUCAUCGGCUCACAGACCCCGACUCGCCUCGGCCCACCGGACGUGCACCGCCCAGACUUCAGCACGUACCGUGAGCCCGCAUCGGCUGAGGAGUCGCCCGACGAACUCGACAUCAUUGGGCGCCACUCGCGCGAUGAAUCGCCGGACGAAAUCGAUUUCCUCACCCAACACCACCGCGCCUUCAUCGCCACCGACGACGACAACUCUGACACAGAAGCCAUUCAACCAGUCAAGUCCAUCACCAGCGACCCACAGACAUGGCGCGAGGCAAUGUCGAGUGACAAGCGCGAAGUGUGGGCCAAGGCCGCUACCGACGAGUUCAAUUCCAUGCGCGACGACUUCAAGGUCUUCACCAUCGAGGACCGAUCCACGGUACCAGCGGGUGCGACCAUCGUCACAUCCAAGUUCGUCUGGAAAACGAAACGGAAUGCACUCGGCGAAGUCACCGGCCACAAGGCACGGCUCGUGGCGCAGGGAAAUCGGCAACGCGACGGCAUCGACUUCAACGAAACCUUCGCACCAGUCGCACGCUUCUCCUCGAUACGCUCACUCCUCGCGCUGGCGGCCGCCAACGGCUUGCACGUGCACCAGGCGGACAUCGACAAAGCCUAUCUGCAUGGCGACCUUGACCAUGACAUCUGGAUGACGACACCGCGCGGCUUCGACCUUCCCACCGACAAGGUGCUUCGUCUGCGACGCUCCAUCUACGGACUCAAACAGGCUGGCCGAAUCUGGAAUCGACACAUCGACGCAUCGCUUCGAGAUCUCGGCUAUACGGCGACGGGCACCGACCACUGCGUGUACUCUCGGAUCGACGAUCGGCGACGCCCACACUACAUCGCGCUGUACGUCGACGACCUCCUGAUGAUCAGCCCCGACUUGGCCGAAAUUGAACGUGUCAUCUCGGGCCUCGAACAACGCUACGGCGUCAAGCGCCUCGGCCCGGCAGAGUACAUCCUCGGCAUCCAGAUCAGGCGACUCGAAGACGGUUCUAUUGCCCUGUCCCAGGAACGGUACAUCAUGGACGUGCUUGCUCGGUUCCACUUCGACACCACGACUCGCGGCACUACAGUCCCGAUGACCCCCGGCCUUUCGCUCACCGCCAUCCCGGGUCAAGGCACCGAACGGAUCAGGUCAUGGUAUCUGCAGGCUAUCGGCUCGCUCCUCUACAUUUCGCUCGGCACCCGCCCCGACAUCGCCUUCGCCGUGUCCUACCUGGCCCGCUUCGCCAACAACCCUGGACGUCGUCACUGGAUCGCGGUCAAGCACAUCCUCCGCUAUCUCCGGGCCACAUAUCGCGACGAACUGGUUUAUGCUUGCGGCGAGACACGCAUCACGGGCGUGGUUGGCUACUCCGACGCGAACUGGGGGGCCUGCGUCGAUACGUCGGUGUCCACUAUGGGCUACGUCUUCUACAUUGCCGGAUCCGCCGUGUCUUGGUCGUCCAAGCGUCAAUCUCGAGUUGCCGAUUCUACCACCGACGCUGAAUACCUCGCCCUCUCGCAUGCUGGCAAGGAAGGGAUCUACCUCAGUCAGCUGCUCGAGGAGCUCCAUGUCCAACCUGUUGCACCGGCUCACAUUUUUACUGACAAUGAAGCCGCUGCCGCAGUUGCCCACGACCCUGUCCGCGUCUCCGGCACUCGACACAUACGCUUGCGCGAGCACUUUGUUCGGGACAUGGUGAAUCGGGGCGAUAUCUCACUCUCGCAUGUGGGAACCAGCAACAUGGUGGCCGACAUCUUCACAAAGGCUCUUGGCCCAAAGAUUUUCUCGACACACUGCUACGCACUAGGCCUUCGCACUCGACACCCACGGCUUGGAUCUGCCUCGCAUUCGCGUGGGGGGGGUGUGAAGAGUCCACUCUCAGCUCGACAGGGGCGCCUCGGUCGUUGCGCGCGCCUGCUAGCCUGGCCCCUGUGGUGGGGACUUAGGCGCGCGCGAGUGCCUCAGCGCGCCGGCGCCGGCGGUUUUCGGGCGCGCGCCGCUAGCCCGCCCUUGCAGUGGGGACUUAGCCGCGCGCGACUGCCUCAGCGCUCCAGCGAUUUCGCCCGCGCCUGGGCAUAUCCCAGCGCGGGCCACCUUUCCAUUUCUUAG